AUGGCGGGGCUUUGGAAGCCGACAGAAGAUCAAUUGUGCAAAAAGAGCCAUGGAGGAGGUGGUGUCGACGCCGAAGCUGCCUGCGCCUGUCUUCAAUCCAAGUGCAUCUACCACUACGAAAGCGCAGCAAUUCUCCUCGUCGCCAGGAUUUGGCACGCCCGCAUAUACCCGAAGCCUCGAACAGCGCCUCCUCUGCGGCAAGCAUUCGCGGCAGCAGCACAGCAAAAAGCAGCAGCGACCGAGACUGGCCCAUCGGUAUUGCCUAUAAUACUUCCGCCGGCAACGUUACGGCCUAUAGCAUUCAGAACAUUGACGAAGAAGCAUAACCUGACAUUAACGUCUUCAGGGCUGGGAUCCUUAGCGACAUUCGUUGGCAGGUUCUGUGGCAGCGGCUGGAGAGAUGAGGGCCUCGCAGAAAAGGUGCUCGACGAGGUAGCUAAGCAAUGGAAAAGGCAGGGCGCUGGUAUUAUUGUGGAGGAUGGGCCAGAUAACAAGCUCACGACGUUGCUGAAACUGCUCGAGCCAUGCAUGCUGGCGGGCAAGCUGGACGCUGGGAAACUGUCUCGGACGAACAGCUCGACCGGCACGUUAUCGCGACAGACAUCACUUGAGAUAAGACCAGACCUCAGUCGAGAUGACAGCCAGACAAGCUUCGGCAUGUCGGGACUGGAUGUUCAGGAGGAGCAAGACCUAGAUGACGACCUCGACACGCGGUACGCAGACGCCAGACCUUUCAUCAAAGUCAUAUCAGCCUUCAAACAGCCCAGAUUAUCCUACUCGGUAACAAAGAAAACGAUCGAAACAGUAUCUGCUGAAGGCUCACUGCUCCCACCAUUACAGCAGAAGAUCGCCAUGUUCCGCAAUAGAUAUCACAUUAUACACCAACGACUUCUACGAAACGAGUCAUUUCAGACGCCAUCCUUUGCAGGAUCCCGGCCACCACAUCUCCAACGAGCCGGCUCGAGUAUCUCUCAAACACAGUCCUACAAGAUCACGCCAGUUUCCAAUCUGCUUGGUCGAAGCGGAUCAGAGCAUCUUCUGCUCGGCAUGUUGGCACACACUCCAGCGUCGGACUCGGCUCUAGCCGAUCUGUCGGGUAGUGUGGUGCUGGACAUGCGCUUUGCCCAAGCAGUUCCAAGAGAUGGUGUGUUCUUCACGCCUGGCAUGAUGGUGCUGGUCGAGGGCACAUAUGAAGAAGACGGUUCCAAUAAUUCCAAUCUCGGCUCGGCAGGAGGUGUUGGUGGCCAGAUUAAAGGACGAUUCGUUGCGAAAAUGAUUAGUGGUCCGCCAACCGAGCGCCGCGAUGUGACCACUGGAAUUGGACAAUCCCAAUCUUCGGACCACAUUCAGACGUCUGUGGGAGCUGGCUUUGGCUGGAUCGACUUCCUAGGUGUUGGCAGUGAGAAAGCCACCGGACCACAGAUGCGACGACUGCAGCGGCGACUGAUGGCCGGCAGCUCACCUAGUUCCUCUGAGCAGAAGCGAUCAAAGGUCGCCAUCGUUUCUGAGUGCCAUCUAGACUCGCCACGGACGCUGGACGCGCUACGUGCAGUCCUGAAUUCGUACACCGUGUCUGGUGACUCCGCCGACCUGCCCCUCUCAGUGGUUUUGAUGGGCAACUUCCUAUCGUCUGCCGCUAUGGCCGGCUCGUCCAAAGCUGGCAGUGUCGAGUACAAAGAGUACUUUGAUUCCCUUGCAUCCAUGCUUGCGGAAUACCCGAAGCUCAUCUCUUCGACAACAUUCGUUUUCGUUCCUGGUGACAACGACCCAUGGGCAAGCACAUUCAGUGCGGGCGCUUCGACCAUCAUCCCCCGUCAAGGCCUGCCAGACCUGCUCACUAGUCGAGUCCGACGAGCAUUCGCAACCGCCAACAACGAGCAGGGCGCCAAAGACGGCCAGAAGGGCGAAGCAAUCUUCACCAGCAAUCCUGCGCGCAUCAGCGUGUUUGGACCAGUCGAGGAACUCGUCCUCUUCCGCGACGACAUUAGCGGUCGUAUGCGGCGGAAUGCAAUCACUUUCGCAGACCCUGAGUCGGAAACUGCUGAGCUGGACGGUCCUGCGCAGGCAGACGCGAUGGACCUUGACAUCGAUGCUGUCAAGGAAGCUGCCUCUCAUGUGCCCAAAGCGGUGAAAUUCGAUGUGGCUACGCAAAUCGGCCGACGUAUCACCAAGACUCUACUGGAUCAAUCUCAUCUAUCGCCUUUCCCGCUUUCGCUGAGACCAGUUGCUUGGGACUUUGCCGCCUCUCUAUCACUAUACCCGCUGCCCUCAGUGCUUGUCAUUGCGGAUGCCGAAGCACCGCAGUUCUGCGUCACGUACGAGGGCUGCUCUGUGAUGAACCCCGGUAGGUUGCUAGAGAGGGGCGCAGAGCGGAGGGGGAUCUGUCGAUGGGUGGAAUAUGAAAUUGGUAAUGGAGGGAGGAGCAGAGGCAAGGGCUCUGUGAAGGAGGCCCGGUUUUGA